AUGAAUUCAUUAAAAAGGAACGCUAUUGACACACCAGAUGACGACAUUUCAUUACUAAAAAAGAAAAUCAAGCUCAACCAGGGCGCCCAAAUUGACAUCGCUAAUUUUACCACAGAUCAAACCAACAAGCUGAACUCCAAUGAAGAUCUUGAUAAAAAUCCGGACAAAAAUCUGUCAAUUGAUAAAAAUGACCUGCGGUUGAAACAGGGCAGCAGCAAAAGCGAUUCAAAAACAAACAGGAGAAUGGAAUUGGAAAAACAAAUUUUUGUCGAACAGGUUAGUGAAAAAGACUCAGAAAAUAAUAUUCCAUUUAAAUUAAACCUUCCCGACAGCGAGUCUUGUUUUUAUAAAGAAAAACUAGCUGCUAUUGAGGAUAAAGAAGGGAAAAUCGAAUUUAAAGUCGUCAAUAAUGAUGAUUCUAAAGAGAGUUUAUUGAUAUUAACGGGCUUGAAAAACCUCUUUCAUAAACAACUUCCUUUGAUGCCAAUAGAUUACAUAUCGAGAUUGGUCUUUGAUAAAUCUCACGUUUCAAUUGCCUUGAUUAGAAAACCCUUAAAUGUAUUUGGCGGUAUAACGUACAAGCCCUUUGAAUCAAAAGAGUUUGCCGAAAUUGUAUUUUGUGCUGUAUCCUCCACUGUGCAAGGUCGAGGUGAUGGUGCACUUUUGAUGAAUCAUUUAAAAGACUACGUUGUAACAAACUCAAAGAUUAAGCACUUUUUAACAUGUGCUGAUAAUCAAGCUGUUGGCUAUUUCCAAAAACAAGGAUUUUCGAAAGAAAUAACAUUGGACAAAAAACGAUGGGAUGGUUACAUCAAAAACUACGAAGGGGUUACCUUAAUGCAAUGCUCUAUUUUGCCUAAAAAGUUUAGAUAUCUUGAUGUAAACAAAAUUCUAUUACUACAACAAAUUGCAAUCAUUCAAAAAAUUAAAUCUUUAUCUACUUCAUCAAAUAUUAUAAGGCCUGGCUUGAAAAUCUUCAAAACAAAUCCCACUGCUAAAUUGGAUCCUUUAUCUAUACCAGGGAUCAAAGAAAGUGGUUGGACCCCUGAAAUGGAAGCCUUAUCUCAGAUUCCCAAACGUGCUUCUCAUUAUCAAGAUAUGGAUGAACUAUUAAACGAACUACAAAAUCAUCCUUCUGCUUCUCCAUUUUUGGUUCCAGUCACUACUGAAGAGGCUCCAAAUUAUUAUGAUGUUAUCAAAGAACCCAUGGACCUACAAACGAUGGAAAAUAAUUUCGAAAAUCGAGUUUACGAAAAAUUUGAACAGUUUGUUUAUGAUGCCAGAUUAAUUUUUAACAACUGUAGAAAAUUCAACCAAGGUAGCGCUUAUUACAUUAAAACUGCUAAUAGACUUGAAAAGUUUUUUAAUGAGAAACUAAAAGAAAGAGGUUAUAGUGAAUUUAUUAAUUGA